AUGCAGCUGCGAAACUUGUUGGCACUCAUUUUUAUUGCGAUAGUAGGCGCUGAAAUAUAUUUCAAGGAAGAUUUUACUGAUGAUGCUUGGGAAAAAAGAUGGGUGAAGUCGCAACAUAAGAAAGAUUUUGGUGAGUGGAAAAUAUCACAUGGGGAGUUUUAUGGAGACGCAGUUAAAGAUAGAGGUCUUAAAACGUCUGAGGAUGCAAAGUUUUAUUCGAUUGCUGCUAAGUUUGAAAAAAGUUUCUCAAAUAAGGGUAAAUCGCUUGUUAUUCAAUUUAGCGUCAAGCAUGAACAAGAUAUUGACUGCGGCGGUGGAUAUGUUAAACUUAUGGCAUCAGAUGCGAAUUUGGAAGAUUUCCAUGGUGAAACUCCUUAUCAUAUCAUGUUUGGCCCCGAUAUUUGCGGACCUGGAACGAAAAAAGUUCAUGUUAUAUUCCAUUACGAAGAUAAAAACCAUAUGAUUAAAAAAGAUAUACGAUGCAAGGACGAUGUGUUCACUCAUCUUUACACUCUCAUUGUAAAUCCUGAUAAUACGUACGAAGUACAAAUUGAUGGGGAAAAAGUAGAAUCUGGUGAAUUAGAAUCAGAUUGGGACAUGCUUCCUGCAAAGAGAAUCAAGUACAUUGAUGACGAAGAUGAUAAAAAACCAGAAGAUUGGGAUAAGCCAGAACAUAUUCCCGAUCCUGAUGCCAAAAAGCCGGAAGAUUGGGAUGAUGAAAUGGAUGGGGAGUGGGAACCACCAAUGGUUGAUAACCCAGAAUAUAAAGGAGAGUGGAAACCAAAGCAAAAGAAAAACCCUGCGUACAAAGGCAAGUGGAUACACCCAGAAAUUGAUAAUCCAGCAUACACUCCAAAUGAUGAUCUGUAUGUUUUCAAAGAUAUUGGUGCGAUUGGCUUCGAUUUGUGGCAAGUUAAAUCAGGGACCAUCUUUGACGAUAUAAUUGUAACUGAUAGCAUUGAGGUGGCGAAGGAGUUUGGGAAGAAAACGCUGGAAGUGACGAAAGAAGGAGAGAAGAAAAUGAAGGCGGCGCAAGACGAGGAGGAGGAGAGAAAGAGGAAGGAAGAGGAAGAGAGGGAAGAGAAGGAAAAGAAGGAGAAAGAGGCUGACGAGAAGGAGGAAAGCGACGACGAUGAGGAGAAGGAAGCGAAAGAAAAGAAGGACGUUGGGGAGGAUGAUGUAGAGGGAGAAAAAGAUAAGGUAGUUCCUUUCCAUGAAUAA